AUGGAUACUCAGGAUAGUCAACAAGAAGAACAAAAUCAGAAUCUGGAAACCGUUAAUGGUGGUACGUUGAGUGAAGGAUUGAAUAAUCUGGGCAAGGGCAAUGAAGAUAAGAAAAUAUUCGUUGGUGGAAUAGCAUACGACGUUACAAAUGAAGAUUUGUCGCAAUACUUUUCUCAGUAUGGAGAGGUAGCGCAAGCCCAAGUAAAAUUUGAUCGUAUUACGGGUCGUUCUCGUGGCUUUGCAUUUGUUGAGUUUACAACAGGUGAAGCGUGCAGAGCUGCACUAAAUGCCAGGGAGCAAUCUGUCAAAGGGAAAACUGUUGAAGUAAAACCAGCAAAAUCCCGAGAAAAUAAAAAAGUAUUUGUGGGUGGCUUGCCUGCAGAUCAUCCAGAAGAAGAAUUGCGUGCUCAUUUCGAGCAGUAUGGGAAGGUGGAGGAUAUUGAGUGGCCUUUUGAUAAGCAGACAAAAGCCCGAAGAAAUUUUGCUUUUAUCGUAUUCGAAGAAGAAGAUGCAGCAGAUAGAGCAUCAGCAACACCCAAGCAAAUGUUUGGAUCGCGUGAGUGCGAUGUCAAAAAAGCUGUCCCUCAAGGCAAACGUUUCCCCGGUGGUCGAGGUAGUGUGGCAAUGAGAGCUGGAUAUGGUGCAGGUCGGACAGGCGUUAUGAAUGGUUGGUUCGGGCAAACUGGAUGGGGUCAAAUGGGAGCAUUUGGUGCUUAUGGAGGAGGUUCUGGAAGUGCAGGUGCCUGGGGUGAUUGGUAUGGUAAUGCUGCAGCUAGUUAUUAUCAGCAGGGACAAGCUGGUGGCUAUUACGGCACUGGUGGAUAUGAUGCUUAUUCACAGGGAAUGACCCAACGUGGAGCAAGUCAGCAACGUUAUCCGCAACAACAACAGUAUUGA